AACAGUUUGCGCUUUACCAUCGAACUGUUCACAUCACGACUACCACUCGUCACGUGCUCAGACCAUAUAUGUACAUAUAUAUAAAAAGAAAUAAUUUCAAAAUUCUCAGAACAACAAGAAGCGUAAAAUGAGUCACAAAGUCGCUGCGGUGUGCCUCCUGAUGAGCUGCCUAAUUGCCUCGGCUUAUAGUGCUGCUAAGGUGCCCAUCUCCAUCUACUACGAAUCCCUGUGCCCAGAUAGCGCCAAGUUCAUUACUGAGCAGGUGUACCCGGCGAUGAAGGGAGAGCUGCGCGAUGUGGUGGAACUCACCUUCGUGCCGUUCGGAAAGUCUCAGUUCUUCACUCAGGGCUCCGAGGUGACGUUCACCUGCCACCACGGUCCGAAUGAGUGCUAUGGCAACAAGGUUCAUGCCUGUGCCAUCGAACACAUCCAGGCCAACUCCUACCAGGUGGAGUACACCCGCGAGUCCCUCACGAUCGACUUCAUCAACUGCCUGAUGAAGGCGGGCAAAAACUUCCCGGACAACGUCUAUCCGGGCCAGCGUUGUGCCUCCGAGAACCACAUUAACAGCUGGGAGAACAUCAAGAGCUGCGCCAACUCCACCGAGGGCAGCAUCCUGCUCCGAAAGGCCGGAGAAACCACCAACCGACUCAAGGAGCCAAUUGCCAGCGUGCCCACCAUCCUGUUCAAUGAGCAAUUUGACAAGAAUGUUAAUGAACGCGCCCAGGUGAACUUCGUUGGCACCAUCUGCAAAUACGUAUCCGCCCCGCAGCCCCGCAUCUGCAACCAGCACAACGGAGCCUCCACAUCUUCCUUGGCCAGCGUAAGCGCCAUCCUUGGCUCCCUGCUCGGUCUUUGGUUUAUCCGCUCCUUCCACUAAGCUGUCUCUGAUUUUCCCACAAAACUCUUUCAACUAAACACACACCUCUGGCGAUCGUGAAUCUCAAGAUCUUGUGCAUUGUUUUACUCUUGAACUUUUUAUUGGUAUGUUUUUAGGCCAAUUGAAACGCAAGUCGUCCAAUUAUCCAGCUAGAAUAUGUGUAUCAGAGAUCAAAAUAGUUUUUCCAGAGCUGAUCUUAAUCUAAAACAAUUUAAUAAAGUUUAAAAUAAACAGGAAA